AUGUCGUCUCUGGUAUCCGACUUCCUCAUCAAUCCGGUCCUCCGACAAGCUCGCCGCUUUUCUGAGAUCUCGAGAACAACCUUUGUCUCCGAACGGGAUUCUUCGUCCGACCCUGUCGCCGUCCCAAGCGACGUGGAUAGUCCCGCAACUCGGCAUGCGACUGUUGCGCCACCCGAACCCACCCCGGCACGAUCACUCGAUAUUGCGACACUACCGCCAACCGUCGACGACGAGCAACCUCAGUCUCCGACUCCUCUAGCUCAGAACCCCCCACCGUACACGAUGGCCGCGAUGCCGCCUACGACACGGGAAUCUCUGCCCGCCGAUGACGGUAUGGGUGCGAUGCGAAAGCGUUUACUCGACAUUCAGUCGCAAGAUAUCGCAGCAGACGACAAGGCCCGGCUUAUGCACGAGGCUUUGAUGGAGGGAUACCGCAAGUCUCGAGACGCUCCGCGCCAAGGCAAUGCACCACCAGCCAGCGUGAUAGCUGCAGGGGAAGCAUGGGAGCAGUCAGUGCCGAUUGCACCUCUCGAGUCGUUGAAGUUUUGGCAACAUGCGAUUGGAGAGCCCUCCUCGCCAGAAAAGUUUAUUCUUACCGCUGACGAUGUUCGGCCCACGUACGCGGCCGCAAAGCUCGCUACAAGAGAAGAGCCUGAGGGUGCGGUGAUUCUUGGCUGCCAACACUACCGCCGCAAUGUCAAGCUGCAGUGCUCGACUUGCGCCAAGUGGUAUACUUGUCGUUUCUGCCAUGACGCAGUCGAGGACCACACCCUGGUCAGGAAGGAAACCAAGAACAUGCUCUGCAUGCUCUGUGCCACGCCUCAGAAAGCAUCAGAGUCACACAAGUGUAUCGAGCGCUCAACGGACUGUGACUGUCCUAUUUGCGGAGAGUACAUGUUUACAUCUCCUAAGCCAGUCGUCUUUAUGGGAUGCGGUCACAGCAUUCACCAGAAGUGCUAUGACGAGCACAUGCUGAGAUCAUACAAAUGUCCCAUUUGCAACAAGAGUUUGCUCAAUAUGCAGAGCCAAUUCCGCCAAUUAGAGCUGGCUAUACUUGCCCAGCCGAUGCCCCCUGAAUUCAGGGACACCCGCGCCACAAUCUUGUGUAACGAUUGUAGCGGAAAGAGUUCCGUCCCUUACCACUGGCUCGGCCUCAAGUGCGCGAUUUGCACUUCUUACAACACCGUGGAAAUCCAGAUCAGCGGCGGAAGAGAAGAGACGCACGCGACACACGCCAGUCACGUGCCCGUCACGCCAGCAGCAGUUACGCCAGCUCUUCUUUCGCCUGCGCUUCCUACCCCCGUAACGACUCAAGCUGCUGCUCCGGCAGGAAUGGACAUACCGCAGAUCGGCAGGCGACGACAUUCAUCUCAUGCUGGUCCUGAGGCACGUCAUCUGAUGUUGGAUCGCUUUGCUAGGUCAGCCUCGCCAGCAGUCACACCUGGGAUGUCACUACCAAACGCAACAAAUGCUGCCAUCGAAGAAGAAGAUGAAUCAGAGAAUGACAUUCUUAACUUAUGGGGACGGGGUCACGGUGAUUCGGACAGCGAUACCAUGUCGACGGACAUGGACGAAGAAGACUCGGAGGGCGAGGAUGAUGACGAUGAUGAUGACUAUGAGAACGAGAUCAUGCUCAUCGGACAUCGGUAA